UUAAGAAAAAAUAAAAUAAAAGAAAACAUAUUUGUUGCAUUGGUAUCAGUCUCUCACACACUCAACUCAACCACGCAGAGAAACCUCUUCGAAGACCGGAACAAUUUUCUCCUGGUUUGGGUUCCGGCGGCCUCUUCUUCUUGACGAAGACAUUUUCAGGCGAGGGAUACUGAUAGAGUGAUUGAAGGUGAGGGAUAGGGACAGAGACUUUGGGACUAUAUCAUGUUGAAACGGCUGCCGAGUAGAAAUCAAAGAACCAAAGGUUUCAGGGCGAAGCAUGCCUUGCAGAUUUGUCUGCUUCUUGGGGUCUGCUUUUGGCUAAUCUAUCAGGUCAAGCAUUCCCAUGAUAAGAAGAAAGAAUUUGAUGAAAAUGAUGUGAAAACCACGAUUAGAAGGGUAAGUGAUAGUGAUAUUCCCAAGCUUGGGAGGAAGGACCUUCAUCCUCGAGAGGAUAUAACUAAAAAUGAGAAGCGUGAGGAAGAAGAGGAAGAAGAAAUACCAUUAGAGGAAGAAGAACAACAUGGAGAAGAGCGAGAAGAAGAAGAAAACAAGAAUGAGUCACAAGAACAGGAGGAAGAUGAGGAGGAAAACAAGAAUGAUGAUGCAGAAGAAAACAAGAAUGAAGACGCAGAAGAAAACAAGAAUGAGGAAGCAGAAGAUGGUGGAAGAGGAGGUGGAGAUGAUGAGAUAGAUGAAAAUGACCAAGAGAGAAAAGAAGAAGAAGGAAAUCAUGAUGAAGAGUUUAUAGAUGAAGAGAAGGAGCAAGAGGAGGGUGGUGAUGAUAGCAAAAAAAACGACAAUGAAGAGAUUGAGGAUCGAGUAGAAAAAGAGAAUUCAUCUGAGGAUCAGGAUAGUGACGGAGGUGACCAAACUGAUCACGAGGCACGGGAGGAACAUUACAUUAGGGAUGAUGCAUCCAGUGAAGUUGCUCAUGAUACACAAGUUAUAAGCACAGGAACUGAGAAAAUAAGUUCAGAAAGUACAAAUGAGAACACAGAAACAAAAAAUCUAGAACAGGAGGAUAAAUCUGAUAACCCAGAGGAUGUUAAAAAGAUUGAAAACAAUGCAGGAUCAAAGGUGGGAGAAGGUGAAACUGGUGGGAAUCAUACUUCUUUGGGUGUGGUUUCUCUUGCACAAAAGGCUGAUUAUGAUGAUUCGUCAAAUUCUUCAGAUAACCAAGUUUCAACAACAACGCAAUCUAAUGAUCAUCCGGAAGCAGGCAAUAACUCAACAGAGGUGAGUAAUGAAAGGUCUGACUCUUCUGAACAGAUGAAAAUUGAAAUGAACGACUCCUCCCAGCAGAACAAAACAGAGUCUGCAACUGAUCCUGUUCCUGCUCAAAUUACCAAGAAUGUUGCAACCACCAGAGAGGGUGAAAGAGAAGAAAUACCAUCACUGGUGCAGACAGAUAACUCUACCAUUGGUUCUGACGAGAAUAAAGUUGAUUUUACUUCUGCAAAUUCAACAAAAACUGAAAAAGCAGAUGGAGCCUCUGAAGAAUUAUCUGAUUCGUCUAAAAAUCCAGUGUCUUAUGCUUCGGAAAAGGUAGUAAGACCUGAAGAAACAGUUCGAGUAGAGGAUGGUACCGCUUCAAAAAUGAAGGAGAAUGCUGAUGCUACUGAGAAUGGAAAGUCAGACAACAAAUUUGAUUCUAAUGAAGAAGAGAACAGUUCGGACUCUACAGGUGGGACAGAGGAGGCAGUUCAACAUGAUCCAAUAGAUUCUUCUGAUACCCACAUAGCCCAAGAAAUGAAUGAAGUUCGAAUGGAUCUCAGUACAUUACCAGACAUGGAUUCCCAAAGGGUUGACAAUGAAGAGGUUGCUGCAGAAUGAUUAUUAAGAUUACAAGGCUUUGGAUCUUUUCAUGUCCAUCCAAGGUCUCACACUGUUAUUUUUUAUUCCUAUGCUCAAAGCAUGAUAAAUUUAGCCUUUUCUUCUCUUCUCUUUUCUCUUCUCUUCUUCUUUUAGAUUAACUGUGUGAAGUUUCUGUCGCUGUAGAAUCAACACUGCGGGUGAUUGUAGGCAUCUGUAUAACUUUAAAUCUCAAGUUUUUCCAUGUAUUGGCUUUCUUUUCUUA